AUGAAUGCUAACUUUAACAAAGAGCUUACGCCAUCAACAAGUUUGCAUGCAUAUGUAAGUGCUGUACCUCAGGCGGGAUCAUCUCAUGGCAUUCAAGUUAUGACUCAUGAAGACAUUCGUGUGAAUACACAGCUCACACCAUCCGUUGAUGUUUAUGCUGGCAUUCAUGCAACUCAAACGACAAAUUUUAAUUUUACGAAAGAUCCAGUCAUUUCGCAUCAACAAGUACAAAGAGGCAUCCAAGCUGGUCUUCAAAAACAAUUGAGUGAAAACUCAAAUGUUGGUCUAUCAGCAUCGUUAACUCAAACACCAUAUUCGUCUCAAAUGGAGAAAGG